GGCGGAGGAGGAGAGUGCUGGGGGCAGAGCUGACAUCUGUAAGAAAUCAUGACAAAGUAUUUUACCCGCGUUAGAAGGCGGCGUGUGUACAGCUGGCACGGGAGACCUGUGAUAAAGGACAGGAAACAGCUACACCUUCAAUAUGGGGGACUUGUUCUGAAAUUGAAUGAAAAUGAAGUUACUAUUUUACCCGGGGACUUUGUUCUGAUUGAAGGUGACGAUGAAGAGAGACCUUUUGUGGCAAUGUUAAAAGAACUCUACGACGACGGUACAGAAAAACAUGCCAGCAAACAUGCCACAGUACAGUGGUUUUUACGCUAUGAAGAGGUGCCCUUUAAGAAGAGGAAAUUAUUAGGCAGGGAGCCCCAUCCUCAGGAGAUCUUCUUAUACGAGUCCAAUAUGUGUGACAAUGACAUUGAUGCAGAGACUAUAAUUGGAACUGUUUCAAUUUCCCAGUUGAAGCCAGAUGAGCCUUUUCCUGAAUCAAAGAAAUCUGAACACAUCUUGUUCCUGAAGCUGUUAUGGGAUGGAAAAUCUUUCAAACCUCUAACUUCCAGCAUUAAUGGAGCAAAGGAACGGAUUGCUGUAAGCAAUAGAUCUUUACCUAAUAAAUCUCUGCCGAUGCCUAACUUUUACCCCAUGGAAGGAGAUACAGCGGAAAGCAAACAAACCACACGCAGCACCACCAAGUCACAGAAAAAAGAAAAUGAGAUAGAAUCCCGCCAUUCAGCUUCUAAGUGCUCCCAUUCCAAGGAGAAAGGGGCACAAAGACUACCCAACGGAAUGGGCACCCCUGGAGCCAGGAAGAAGCUGGAGCUGAACAGUCCACAUAAAUCUCUGAAGCCUAUACAGAAAGAUGCCUUCCUAGAGGAUGAAUUUAAACCUCUGGAACCAGCUGCUCCUAAACGCAAGGUGGCAUUCACUGGACUCCUUGACUCCCCUCCCAAGAAGCCUUUUGAAGAACAGGACUUCUCUUCAUGUUUCAUCCCUCUAAAGCCUCUUAAAGACUUACCCAAACUCAGCCUGAGACUGACCCCUCUAAGACGUACUGUAUCAGAAGAGCAGAAAUCUGAGAAAACCCCCAUUGACCUAAACAGUGGAAGAAAACGCAUUGACAAGGCUGAAAAGUCGGCGGCAUCCAAGUCUAAAACACCUCAAAAAAUGAAUCCUACACCAAAGAAAAGCACAAGCAGUUCCAGGAGGCCAUCACAGGAACAGAAUGGUGAGGAGCCACAGACACCCCGGUCCCGAAGGAAAUCUGCGACGGCUUCUGUUAACCGAAUGCGCAAACAGAUAAAACUUCUAUCAGAGAGUGACCUCAGUGAAAUGGAUGAAAGUGAAGAUGAUUUUGUUCCUUUAAAAGAUUCAGCCAUGAUUAGUAGCAGUGAGGAUGAAAAUAAUGAUGGAGAACAAGAAAGUGAAGAAGAAAAGCCAUCCAAAAGAAAUACUAGAAAAGGAGUAGCUCCCCAGACACCGUCGUCCUCCCGGAAGACCUCCGCAAGAACCCCAAAUAAAACUCCACGCUCCAAAAACCAUACUGCAACUCCCAAAAUUCCAGAACGCAACCAGCCAAUUCAAAAGCCGGCCAAUGUUUUGGAGGAGGCCCGCAUCAGGCUUCAUGUCUCUGCCGUACCUGAAUCUCUACCCUGCAGGGAGCAGGAAUACCAGGAUGUGUAUAGUUUUGUUGAAAGUAAACUGCUGGAUGGGACCGGUGGGUGCAUGUACAUAUCUGGCGUACCCGGCACAGGGAAAACUGCCACAGUGCAUGAGGUGAUCCGGAAUCUGCAGCAGGCUGCAGAUGAAGAUGAGCUGCCAUCUUUCCAGUACAUUGAGAUCAAUGGCAUGAAGUUGACAGAUCCUCAUCAGGCUUAUGUGCAAAUCCUGAAGCUCUUGACUGGCCAGAAAGCAACUGCAGACCAUGCUGCUGCUCUACUGGAGAAGAGAUUCAGCACGCCUGCCUCCAAAAGGGAGACCACUGUAUUGCUGGUAGACGAGUUGGACCUUCUUUGGACCAGAAAGCAGAAUGUUUUGUACAGUUUGUUUGACUGGCCCACUCGGAAACAAGCAAAACUGAUUGUAUUGGCCAUCGCAAACACCAUGGAUCUGCCAGAGAGGAUAAUGAUGAAUCGGGUAGCCAGCAGGCUGGGUCUCACAAGAAUGUCAUUCCAGCCGUACACUCAUAAACAACUGCAACAGAUAAUCACCUCUCGUCUGAACCACGUCAAGGCAUUUGAUGAUGAUGCCAUUCAGCUUGUUGCCAGAAAGGUUGCUGCGUUGUCUGGUGAUGCACGUCGCUGUCUAGACAUCUGUCGCAGGUCAACGGAGAUCUGUGAGUUCACUAGCAAGAAAGGUGAACCACCCGUGGUGAAAAUGCCACACGUUAUCCAGGCCUUGGAUGAAAUGUUCUCUUCCCCUUAUGUCAUUGCAGUCAGGAACGCCUCUGUAUUGGAGCAGUGUUUUCUCAGAGCUGUCAUUUCAGAAUUUAGAAGAUCUGGUCUAGAAGAAGCCACUUUUCAACAGGUAUACCACCAUCAUAUCGCACUGUGCAGGAUUGAAGGACUGCAGCCCCCCACAAUGUCGGAGACCAUGGCUGUGUGUCUAAGACUCGGAGCCUCUCGCCUCCUUCUGGUAGAGUCCAGCAGGAAUGACUUGCACCUAAGAGUGAGGCUCAACAUCAGCCAGGAUGACAUCAUGUACGCCCUCAAGGAGGAGUGAUCAUUUUUACCAUUUAUUGGUAUAGCUAAAUCUUCUCUAAGAAUGGUCAUAAUUCAUAUGUGAAGCACAUAAUAGUGCAAAUGUUUAUUGUAUAUAGAGUUUUAAAAAUGUUUUACCUCCCAGUUGUAUGCUAUUUAAUUUAUAAUAAAGCGUUGUAUAUGUUUUA